UAGCGACAGGGGAGGUAUUUAAUGCGGUGGUGAGGCAGGAACUCAGAAAUAGAGAAGAGAAAUCGAAAGAAUGGAAUCGUCAGGGCAAUGGCUAGAAAGAGCAUUACUGGAGCUAUGUAACAAGAUAGAGACUGGUCUUGAUUUAGACGCUGAGAUUAUAUCUGGGCUCGUCUCCUAUUGCGAGCUUGCUCCUCCUCUCGAUGCUAAAGAAUAUCUUGAUAAUAUCAUAGGUCAGGAAGCUGGAAGAAGUGUGACGAAUGAAUAUUUGAGACGGAGAGGUCAUUCAGAUAUAUACCACACUAGUCAAGGUACUUCUGCUUCCAAAUUGCAAGCAUAUGUAAAGCCCCCUUCAGGUGAUAGUCUGGCAGCUGGAACUAAAAAACAAGUGCGAGCACCGAAAGAAAGUAAAGCCUCAAGUAAGCAGGAAAGUCAGAGCACAGCUGGGACAUCAAAUGGACGAAACAUACAAAGAGGAAGUCAAGGAAACUCUACGACAACAACAACAACUGCACCUCAACCCCAAGCAAGUCAAAGAAACUCUAGAAAGAAAAAAUCUGACAAAGUUGUUUCGCUUGCUGAGGCUGCAAAAGGGUCCAUUGUAUAUCAACAGGGGAAGCCAUGCUCAUGCCAAGCCCGUCGACACAGGCUGAUUAGCAAUUGUCUAUCUUGUGGAAAGAUAGUCUGUGAACAGGAAGGUGAAGGGCCUUGCAACUUUUGUGGUGCACUUGUGCUAAGGGAAGGAAGCUCAUAUGCUGGAUUAAAUGAAGGCCCAGUUCCAAUUUCCGAUGCUGAGGCAGAAGCUGAGGCCUAUGCAAAGAGGCUAGUUGACUAUGAUCGGAACUCCGCAGCACGUACGACUGUUAUCGAUGACCAAAGUGACUACUAUGAGUUUGAGGGAAAUAGCUGGUUGUCGAAGGAGGAAAAGGAACUUCUGAGGAAAAAGAAAGAGGAGAUAGAAGAGGCUGAACGUGCUAAACGAAAUAGAGUCAUAAUGACAUUUGACCUAGUUGGCCGCAAGGUUCUUAUAAAUAAAGACGAGGCUUCGGAAGAACUGCAUAAUGGAAUUCUACUCAGACCAGCAGGGGAAAAAGAAGCAACCCGCAUUAGACCUAAUCCAAACCUGAAAGUACAGCCCGUCUUUGUGGAUCCAGGUCCCAGGAAAACUCCCAAGGCGAAGAAUAAUAAGAAAGGCCCGAGUAAUGGCUUGUGCUUGGAGAUUACUGGGAGAGUACAACAUGAUACCAAUGAACUCUCACGUUUGAUAGUAGAGGGCAAGCUACAUGGAUCUUCGAAUAGCAACUCAUGGCAUGAGCCAUCUGUUAAUAGGACAGUCCGAACUUCAGAUGACUCUGAAUGUACUUUGGAUUACUAUUGAGAAGUAUAUAGCUGGUGAGUCGAGAACUUUCAUCCCCACACCUCCGAACAUGCUGUCUUCAGAUAUAAUUACUCAAGAUGUCAACUGAGUUUUGUUUUUUCCAUUUUUUCUGGGGUUGGGGAUGAGGGCAGAAAGUUCUAUAAACUUACUAUUAUAGGUCAUGAUUAAUCAAGAAAAAAGGUCUUCUGCAUAAUUUUGUUCGGGAGGAUUUUAACGUGGAAUUGAACUUACUGUCAUCUAUGUUCAUCCGACAUUAUCGGCCGCCCGCCCUAUCAUCCCGUAUCUCAACCAACUUUUUUCUUGUCGGAAAAUCUCUCGGAUGGAUGCUCUCCACGAGCUGAGAAAAUAUAUCAAAGUGCAGGUCACUCGGAAGCUUCCUAUGUAUUACCAGGAAGUUGCACCUUUUUGUGGAUUAUAUUUUCGUUUACUUUAUAGUGUAUGCAUUUUUGGUUCUUUGAAAUUGGCAAAUUGGGAUGAAAAAUAGAACACUCACGUUCUUUUACUCAA